UAAGUGAAAUGUACACAAUGUUCUCCAGAUGGAGUUGAUCAGCUAUGACAAGAAAUUUAGCUUCCUUAGUGUAAUACUUUUAGUUUCCAGAUGUGCAAACUGCAUAACUAAAUCAUCACACAGUCGAAUGUUAGCUGUCUCUUAGGAGGGCUUUUAAAUUAGCAUUUAAUGUUGGUGGGCUUUAGGCAGCAAAAAUGUGAUUUUUUUUGUUUUGUUUUGUUUUUGUUUUUUUUUGCAUGUUAGAACCAUGAAAUUGGGGUGUGUUUGAGUGAAAAAAAUGCAGAUAGGCAGAUGAUCCGGUUUGUCCAGGAUCAGGAACUACAGACACAGGUUUAGGGUGUGUGUGUGUGUGUGUGUGUGUGUGUGUGUGUGUGUGUGUGUGUGUGUGUGUGUGUGUGUGUGUGUGUGUGUGUGUGUGUGUGUGUGUGUGUGUGUGUGUCUGGGUUGGUGUGGAGGCUGUGUUAAAAGUUGAGGAUCCUUUAAGACACUUGUCCUAGGAGAGGUGGGAGUGUUGCACCGCCCUGCUGAGAAGACAGGCAGCAUAAAGUCGACCUUUGGAAUUGCACUUUAUUAGAUUAGACCUUUUAGGAUAAGGACGUUUCCUGGGCGAGAACUGGAGGCUAUGGAUUGGGGCACGGCACUCUGGGACCAGCAUGAUGUGAUUGAGAAACACACACAGUCGGGUCUGGACCUCAUCGAUCGCUAUGUGAAGUUUGUCAGAGAGAGAGUGGAUAUCGAGCAGAACUACGCCAAACAGCUCAAAGCUCUUUGUAAAAAAUAUUCCAGACGAGGCAGUAAAGAAGACCAGGAGAUGAAGUUCUCCAAUCAGCAGGUGUUUCAGGAGCUGCUGUGUGAGCUGAAUGAGUGCGCGACACUGCGGGAGAACAUGGCCGAGAACAUGAACCUGAACAUCUGCGUGGAGCUCACCAAGUACCUGCACGAGCUCAAACUGGAGAGGAAGAGUUAUCUGAAUGAGGUGAAGAAAAUCCAACAGAACCUGGACACCAGCUACAAACAGCUCGAGAACAGUAAGAAGCGCUUUGAGAAAGAGUGGAAGGAAGCAGAGAAAGCCAAUCAGCAAGCAGAGAAGACAGAACAAGACCCCGCCUCCAACAAACAAGAUGUAGACAAGGCCCGGAUCCACGCUCGUCAGCGCCUGGACAUCUCUGAUGAGUGUAAGAACGAAUACGCCGUGCAACUGCAGAAAUACAACAAGGAGCAGAACCAAGUCUACCACACAGAGAUUCCCAAUAUACUUAACAAGCUGCAGCAGAUGGAGGAAGGAAGGAUCAGGAAACUGGCGGAAGGUUACGGCGUGUUGGCCAACACUGAGAGAACAAUGCUGCCCUCAAUCAGCCAGAAUCUGGAGAAAAUCAGUGUACAAGGCAGCAGCACCUACGAGACACAGGACUCACUGACCCUCAUCGAGCAGUAUAAAUCAGGUCUGUUGCCACCUUCUGAUGUAGAGUUUGAAGAUUACAGUCUAGGAAUCAGACCUGCAGUUGUGGACAACACACACCAUGUGCCGAAAGUCCGCAUCAAACAACUGUUCAAAAAGAGCAAGGGUGGGCCUGUGGACAGAAACAUGCCCCCUCCAUUGGAGGAUUUCUCCCACUUGCCCUCAGACCAGAGGAAGAAACGUCUUCAGGAGAAAAUUGAUGAACUCAGUAAGGAGCUGCAGAAAGAGACAGAUCAGAGUGAGGGUCUGAAUAAGAUGAGACGUGUGUAUGAGCAGAACAAUCAGCUGGGAGACCCGGCCAGUCUGGAGCCUCAGAUUAACCAAACCACACACAACAUCAACCGACUGAUGGGGGAUCUCUCCAGAUACCAGGCGUGGCUGGGUGAGGCCGGAGGCGUCCCUACGUACAGCAACACCCAGACCAGUCCAACUAUCCAGAGUCCCCCGAACCCGAUGAAUAACCAGUUCCACAGCAGUUUUGAUGAAGACUUUGAUGAAGAUGUGCCCAUUGCCCAGUGCCUCGCCCUCUACGACUUUAACGGUGUGAAAGCGGGGGAAGUGAGCAUGCAGGUCGGGGAGCGUCUCAGCGUGUUGGACGACGACAUGGGAGACGGAUGGGUGCGUGUGAAGAAGACAAACGGAAAGAUAGGAUACGUCCCUGCGUCCUACAUCCAGAUCAACUGAUCAUACUUCACGGAUUUCUUUCCAGACGCACGACAUUUUCUCUCACACUGAUGUACAUAUUCGUCUGUAUAUACAUUUGUUUCACGGGGGCUUUGAGGCUAACGUAGCUACCAGUUUAGCAUUAAAUCAUCACACACUCGCCGCAGAAGACUUAGUGUACAAAGUGUGUUUACAAGAAAUAUACAAUAAUAGCAUGAAAUAUUUUAGAAAAAGAAAUAUUCCUGUAAUCUAUACUAACCACAUUUUAAUUGUUAUCAUUUGAAUAAACUGUAAUUAGUGUGUGAUGCUUUAGCUGUAAGGCUCCAACUGAAUAAAAUAAAAUAUUAAAAAUUCAAGAAAGACA